AUGCUUGACAAAUUUAAUAAUGCAAUAGCUGAUACUCCCUUUGGGAGAUACUUUAAACUUAAGAACAGUGGUGCUCCUAAUGCUCGUGAUACCAAUUUCACCACUGAGCUUCAUGCUGGAUUAACAACUUUCGUUACUAUGGCCUAUAUCAUAGCAGUUAAUGCGACUGUCAUUACUGACUCAGGUGGUCCAUGCGUUUGCAAUCCCAAUAGUACGAAUCUAUGUAUAACUGAUCCAGAUUAUUUAGCGUGUCAAGCAACAGUGAAAAAAGACUUAAUUACUGGUACAGCUGCUAUUUCAUGUAUAGCAACCGCUUUAAUGGGGAUUUUUGCAAAUUUGCCAAUAGUUGGCUUUCAUGGAACGGGUAAAGUUUCGUAUGAAACUGCUCUUGCUGCCGUAUUUAUAGAAGGUCUUCUCUUUGUUAUUCUUUCAAUAUUUGGUAUUCGUCAAUGGCUUGCAAAGCUUAUUCCCAUGUCUAUAAAAGUUGCGACUGGUGCUGGCAUUGGUCUUUUCCUCAGUUUUAUUGGAUUGCAAAGUAGUGCUGGGAUUGGUCUGAUAACCCAUGUUCCUUCUACAAUCGUAACUCUUGGUGCCUGUCCAGCACAAUAUUACAAUGCAACAACUGGUAUUUGUAGUAGUCAUCAUAUGGAAAGUCCAACCACAUGUAUUGUAAGCUGGUUUAGAAAUAGUGAAGUCACCUAUUUUCCUUACACGGAUGAGGGUAAUGCUCGAUUUAAUUUCUUUAAAAAUGUCGUUGGGUUCCAUUCCAUAGAAAAAACACUGGCCGCAAUGCAUUUCAACCUUGGAAAUAAAGAUGUCUGGGUGGCCUUAAUAACUUUCUUAUAUGUUGAUAUAUUAGACACAACCGCUACUCUUUAUUCAAUGGCAAAAUUUGGUGGCUUCAUGGAUGAAACUGGUGAUUUUGAAGGUUCUACCGCUGCAUUUAUAUGUGAUGCAUCCUCAAUUACUAUCGCUUCUAUUUUUGGCACGUCUCCUGUAACUACGUUUAUUGAAUCAGGUUCUGGAAUUACUGAAGGCGGUCGAACUGGAAUUACUGCUCUUACUAUAUCAUUCUGCUUUUUCAUCUCGUUAUUCUUUGCUCCUAUUUUUGCUAGCAUGCCUCCAUGGGCUACUGGUCCUGCUCUAGUAGUCGUUGGCGCUAUAAUGGCAAAGAGUAUUAAAGAUAUUAACUGGGAAUAUAUUGGUGAUGCGGUGCCUAGUUUUUUGACUAUUGCGAUUAUGCCAUUAACUUAUAGCAUCGCUUACGGUCUCAUCGCUGGUAUUGUCUCAUAUUUAAUUAUUAAUACUGCUGUAUGGCUGAUAGAAAAGGCAUCUUUUGGCCGUAUAUCACAUGAUAAAUCAGACAAAGAACCAUGGGGCGAUUUUAUGAUUGGACCAGGCGGUGAAGGAUAUUUCCCGGCAUGGUUUGUAAAAGUUGUAUAUAAAGUACGAGGAAUAGAAAGAACUCCGGAAAUGAACGAUAAUAUAGACAUACAUGAAACGAAGGAAACAAAAGAGGCGAGUGAAAUAAAUGAAACUAGUGAAAUAAGUGGUUUGAAGGAUGAAAUUGCUAUUGAGAUUGAUAGAAAGAAAGAGUAA